AUGUCUUCGCCCAUAAACAUGAUUCUGGUCGAGCUGCUUCAAAGACUGCCCAAAAUCCUGAACAACUGUGCUAGCCUCAAUUCUGAUGCCGUUCGACUUUGCGGACCACAAAAGCCCGAACCUUUUCGGCGACUUUCUUCCAUCGACAUGGAGAAGUUACGCGCAAAACAGCAGCGCUCAUGGAACGAAGUCACCGCCCGGCUCCGCCAGCUGAACGGAGGGAAGCGUCCUUAUGUCGAAAACGAAGAACGCGAGCAGUUACUUCGGUGCCUUGGAGUCUUACAGAAGAGCAUAAGGAUCAAAUCAGCACAAAAUAUGAUUGAACGAUUGGACAACAUCACCCGUCAGCUCGGACUAAAAUUAACCAAAGAUCGGAAGAGAGUCACCGACAGCCAGCCCGUAGAAUUCGAAGUCUUCAUCAGCUCGGACAUGUUCUAUGUAGAAGUCAUGAUCGAGGCGAGUGGGCACGUUCGCGACGUCAAAAUCGCUCACCACGGCGAUCCGAUUCGGUGUCCGGAGCUGUGCAGCGUGCUCCAGGCAAGCGAUUUCGCAGCGUUCGGAGCUCAUCUCGAAGGACUGAUAGCUAUUUAUAAAUUGAAUUGUGAUAAAUCCAUCAAGCAGAAGGCCUACGUGGCCUUGCAAACCCUCGAGAGAAAACUGCUCUCCAUGGCGAACCAUCAGAGCGAGAUCAUCGACACAAACGAUCUGCUGUUCAGGUCGGCUGUCGGGAUCCUCGUCCCCCGCAUAGGCGGAUUCCCAAUGCAAUUGACUUAUUUCGUGUCUCCAUACGACUUCGUGACCGAGACCGGCGAGCGUCUUCCGUCGACUCCUGAGUGCAUUACGAAGAAUAAAAUCGGACGACGUGUCUCGAUCUCGAUCGAGAACGCCGAGCGGGUCCGAGCGCCCCUCGGUCACGGUCUUAACGUGCCCAGUUCCCUCGGACCGUCUUCGAUCGCAGCUCCCAAGUCGCAGACUUUCCCCGUUCACGGAGCGUGUUACACCAUGAAACUCUCAAGUGCAAUGGCAAUCGACGUCGAAUGUCUCUCAAAGAUCGUAGCCAUCACCGGAGUCGAGUCCGUCGUCGUGGAGAGCCAACCCCUCGUGAAACUCAUCACGAAAAGAAACCAUACCGCAGCCUUCCACGUCAAGCUCCCCGAUCAGGAUCACAGCUACUACAUCGCUGACGGAGGACGAAUGGGCUCCAUCGUAGAAUCGAUUCAAUUUACUUCGUCGAAGCAAGUCCCUCCGAUACUCGAUCUCUUACGACAUCAAUGUUUUUUCAAUUGUUUGAUCGAAUCGUGCGUGCGCGACUACGAUCCGGAACCCGACGAGAUUCGACCAGAGGUUUUCGAAGUCUGUCCGAAUGGCCUGAACGCGGUUUGCGUCUCGUUCGAACACCCGCUGGAUUGCGAGAGUCUCAUGACUCUGGAGCUUCGCUUCGACAACAUCCUCGAUCCUGAUCGUCACUCGAUUUUUAAGAGCGACAAAACCAAAUGUUUCACAUCGGACGCACAGGUAGCGCAAGCUCUGCAGAUGAGCUUCUCAAUCCCGGUAGUGAUGAGGAGUAUUUUGAAUAAAGCGAUGGCCAUCAAGAAAUCCGCAGAGUCGCUCAAGAAGCAAUCGAGCGACUCGUCAAUGCUCUCCUUCGACGCCACCGCCGGACCGCAGCCGCAACAGGAUUCCUUCUACGAUCUCGAAGGCUCCAACGACAACAUUUCCGCAGAUUCCAUGCGACAGAAACUCUUCGAUUUGGAAAACUUCUGUCAGCAGGGGAAUCCGAGCUUGAAACCGUCCGAAGAAGACCUCGGCUCCGGUCCGGAUAUCGGCUCUGCUCAGCAGCAGCAGCAGUAUCGACACCCCCAGCCGAUGGAAAUCGUUGGUCAUCCAGGGAAAUCUUCGGAUGAGCAUGAGUCCUUCGAUUUGAUUGAUGAUAGCAUGUUCUUCGAUGCGGCCUACCCAACCACUCGCGAGCCUACCAACGAGGCUCAACGAAACUGUCUCGAUCGCAUGGAAACUGAACAGAUCAAUAAUCACGAGAGUCAGUCGCCUUCGGCGUCGGGCGACCGAUUCCGGUACAACGCCACGAAUGUUCCUCUAGCUCCCCCCCAAUUCGUCGACGCUAACGUUUCCUCGAUGGGACGGCAGUUCGAUCCGAACCAAAAAAACUUGCUGACUGGUGGGGAUUCUAGUGAAUCUCCACCAUUGAGCAAAACCACGAUACCGAACACGAUCGCGGGAGGCGCAGUCCUAAGUGCGGUGCCAAUGAAAGCGACCGACGAGCGGAGAGACUCAAAAUCUUCGAGCAAAAGCAAGAAAAGCUCUUCCAGCCACGGAAAAAAGAAAGAACGCAGUUCAUCGAAAGAUCGUUCCUCCACAAAGUCUUCGGGAUCUUCGUCCAAGUCGUCCUCGACGAAAUCUUCGUCUUCGAAGGAUAAGAAAAGGAACAGCGGCGAGGGCAGCGCUUCUCGUUCGAGUCUUGUUGCGGGUUUCGAAAGAUCUCAUCAGAACUUGAAAAGUGAUUCAUCCUUGCCGAACAACAAGCACUCGUCAUCGGCGGACAAGCAGUUCACGGUCCGCCAGGGCUCGUCGGCGCAAGGGAUGAAAAUAACCAUCGACAAGGCUCGAACGCCUGAGUGCGAAUCGAAGAGUUCCUCGUCGUCGAAACAUCAUCGAAGUUCUUCGAGGUCUAAAAGUUCCGCCUCGACGACCCAAGCCUUGAGACAAGGUUCCUCCUCGGGCAAGCUUCCGCCAAAGCUGCCAGUCGGCGUACCGAUGGUCGUCGACGACGAAAACGAUGCCAUUGAUUUGGUGGAGAAAAGGUUACGAGCGCUCCAUGGCGACGAGGCUACGAUGAAUCAUUUCGCGGCAGCCAGAGCUUCAGCUAGCAGUCCGUCGGUCAGCAACAGGUUGUUCGAAGAUGCCUUCAUGGAAUAG